AUGAGUCGCAGCCCGGAAAGGAUGUCCUCCUACCGCCGCCACUUUCAGGAUAACAGCACCAGCAGCGCCUCGUACCGCGUGCGGGUGUCAAGCUCAUCUCCAUCUCGCCGCCCAGCACAACCCCGCUCGUCCAGUUGUAGCCGCAUCACUGGCCGGCUGGUAGGGGGAGGAGGCAUGCAGGCAGGCAGAAGGACCAACUCGGCUGUAUAUGAACCUCGCAUCACCAGAAUGGGUGCAAUCUACCUGGGAGCGGGGAUAGAACCUGCAUUUGAUCUGGAGGCCGCUUCUGCAACCAGUCAGCAAUUCCUCAGCACUCGAACCAACGAGAGGAAAGAGAUGAUUCUUCUCAACGAUAGGCUGGCUGCUUACAUUGAGAAAGUGCGGAAUUUAGAACAGGGCAACCAAAUUCUGGAGACUGAGGUUGAGGCCAUGAAGAGUCGCUGUCUGCAUCCACAAGGCUUGAGGGCACUGUAUGAAGCACAACUGAGAGAUCUACGCCGAACAGCUGAUCAAAUGAAAGUCCAGCGGGAUAUGGCAGUUGCUGCAAAGAAUGCUAUGACUGGUCAGCUGGAGACUAUGAAGGUCAAAUAUGAAGAAAUUGUUGCAGCUCGGAAGAAGGCAGAAGAUGAAAUCGAAGCUUUCCGCCCGGAUGUAGAUGCUGCCACAACAGCACGAAUGGAUCUUGAAAAGCAGUUGGAGAAUCUUGAAGUUGAACUAGAAUUCCUCCAGAGAGUGCACAAAGAGGAAAUUGAGGAACUAAUGAAACAGAUCCAAAGUGUUACUGCCAGUGUUGAUGUGACAUACUCGAUUCCAGACCUGGCCACUGCACUUAAAGACAUUCAAUUGCAGUAUGAAGAAAUAUCAGCAAAGAAUUUGCAGGAAAUGGAUGAAUGGUAUAAAAGCAAAUUUGUUGAUCUGAAUCACACGUCUGCUAAACGCUUGGAAAAUAUGCGAAUCACAAGAGAGCAACUUUCAGAUUGUAAGUGGAAUCUUAAGAGCAGUGAGAUGGAACUGGAUGCUCUGAAGGCCCGAAAGGCAGUGCUGGAGACACAGAAUAAAGAGGCAGCAAGUAAAUAUAAGCAAGAGAUUGAAGAAUGCCAGAACAAAAUUGAGAGUUUGCAACAACAACUGAGUACCAUCAAAGAAAAAAUAGCUCUCCAUUUACGUGAAUAUCAAGAUCUGCUCAAUAUUAAAAUGGCGCUGGAAGUCGAAAUUGCUACAUACAGGAAAUUGAUUGAAGGAGAGGAUUCUCGCUUGUCAACAUUGAUGGGUACGUUCUGCGUGAUGGGACAGGGGAAUCUUAGUGCUGUUGAGAACCUUUCCAAGGAACAGGCUGUGGAAGUGACUGAAAAGAAAACUGUAUUCAUCAGAACAGUUAAAACAGAUGAAGACACUUUGCAAAAUGAUAUGCAAGAGAGAACCAUUAUAAUCUCUGGUGCUGCAGAUUAUAAUGAUGAAGAAUAA